AUGGCCGCCGCCUUGAGGGCUCAAACGCUGACCUUCACAGUCCCCAAGGCCCGUCGUCCGCGCUUCGACUUCAAACUCAAGAUCUUCGACCUCAACAACGUUCCCUUGGUAUCCGGCACCUGCUUCGUCAAAUGGCACCUUCCCACGUCCAGCGCCGCCGAACACCGCGGCCGCACAACAAAAUGCAACAUCAAGGAUCACAAGGUCGUCUUUGACUACGACAAACAGACUCCCGUGCGUCUUGUCAUUGGCAAGGACCAGAUGCUGCAAGAGUCGUGGAUCCAUCUUGAGAUUAUACAGGAGUAUUCCAGCGCCGGCAAAGGAGAGCGCAUCAUUUUGGGUCACAUCAAGCUGAAUCUUGCCGAAUACGUCGAUACCAACGACCAUGGCCACGACUCCGAAGAAGGCGUCACCAGACGCUAUCUUAUGCAGGACAGUAAGAUAAACAGCACUCUCAAGGUCUCUCUCCACCUCAAGCAUCUCGAGGGCGAUCGGAAUUACUACGCGAAGUCGCAGAAGCAGCCGAAGAAGGCAGCACCAUGCCCACCUUGUCCAACAAAAGCCGAACUACGAGCCGACGACUGCAUCAAGGACAUCUUUGCAGGUGGUGAUGGCUGGGGCUCGCAUCUCGACCACGUCCAACAUACCCUACAUGUCAACCCCAGCAGCGACGAAGACAAAUCCCGUUCAGCAAAUCUCACCCCAACAGACAACUUCACCAGGUCACCACGGUCCAAAAGUCCUCUGCCCGGCCACCAGCGCAACAUCAGCAAAGAAAGCGUCCAAUCCAACAGACGCAAAGGCUUUGACGGCUGGGCCAAGGACACCUCUUCCACCAGUAAUCUGAGUAAGCACGGCACUUUCGGAGGUCGAAGCAGUCUGCACCAGCAAGCCAUGAAGUUCGAACUCGAAUCUGCAAAACGCAAACCCAAACCGGCGAACAACGAGAUUGACGAGUUUGACAAUCCAUGGCGAGAAGACUUGAGAUCGUGGAAGAUUGGCAGAUCCGCCAUGAUCUGA